GUUACAUAUUUAUGAAACUAAGAAUUCUAAUUUAGAAAAUAAUACACGUAGGCUAAUAAAACAGGAUAAACACAAAAUUUGAAAUAUAAAUUGAUAAAAUGACUCCGAUAUUAUACAAGACUGACGCCAGUCCGCCUGCUAGGGCUGUGAUGAUGAUUGUUGAUAUAUUGGGACUAAAAGUUGACGAGCAGGAACUGAAUCCAAUAUUACGCCAACAAGACACACCGGAAUUUAAAAAAAAAAAUCCAAUGAGAACUAUUCCUAUAUUAGAGGAAGGAGAUUUCUACCUCGCGGAUAGUCACGCCAUUAUGUUGUACUUGAUCGAUAAAUACGGUAAACCGGAACACGCUCAUCUCUAUCCGAGCGAGAAAAGGAAACGAGCUACAAUAAAUCAACGACUUUUCUUUGACUGCGGAGUGCUAUUCCCUAGAUUGAGGGCCGUUAUGGCACCAACGUACGCAGGAAAAUUAGCGGAAUUGAAUCGAAACAUGAUCAAGAACAUCGAGGAUGCUUAUUCAAUAAUGGAAUCCUAUCUAACAGAGAAUUUGUAUCUAGCUGAUGAAGUUGUCACUGUAGCGGACAUAAGCGCAAUAACGACUAUUUCGUCUUUGAACGGCUUGUACCCGGUAGAUGAGAAAAGAUAUCCAAAACUUAGCAAAUGGAUAAACAGAAUGAACGAUAAAGAAUAUUGUAGAAAGAUCAACACUCCCGGAAGCGAGCUACAUGUGGCCGGUUUGAUAGCCUUAAUGGACAAUACUAAACACAAUCAGCAAUCAAAACUUUAGCUGUUAGAAGAAAGACGACAAUAAGGAUACA